AUGUGGAAUGACAAAUGGAAGAUGUGCAAGAAGGCUUUGAGCAUCUUGUGGACCGUCGGUGGCCGACUCCGCACGGUGUACAACGGCUCGAAGAGUGAAGAGGAUCGGCGUAAGGACUCCCGCGCCACGCUGCUCCGCCUCGCCGUGUUCGUUGCGGCAUUCACGGCGUUUGUGGCUGUUGACCGCUGCGGCGAUGCGACAGUGGCACUGAAGGGUGCUGCGCAGGGAACACGUCGCCUGCUGUUGUGGCGGCGUGGAUGA